AUGCGUGCUUUACCCAAUAUUGUUAUUACAGGCACACCGGGUGUCGGGAAGACGACGACAUGCACCCAAAUCCUUGCGCUCGCAUCACAAUCAGACCCACCACUCAACCUCCAGCACCUAUCGAUCAACGAUCUCGUGAAGACUCGCUCGGCGCAUUCCGGCUACGAUGAGGAGCUCCAGACAUUGAUCGUGGAUGAAGAUAAACUGAUGGAUGAGGUCGAGAAGGAGAUCGAGGAUGGCGCGGGCAAUGGCGGCUGGAUCAUCGACUGGCACUCUACCGAAGGGUUUGCCAUACGGUGGGUCGAUCUUGUUGUUGUCCUCAGAUGCGAAGAAACGGCUAUACUCUACGACAGGCUCUCUUCGCGAGGAUACAAGGACGCCAAGGUGCAGGAAAACAUGGACGCCGAGAUCUUCGGUGUCGUGGCGGACGAGGCGAGGGAAGGCUGGACAGAAGAGGGCCAAGUGGUAGAAUUGAAGAGCACAGAGGCAGAAGAUAUUGAAGAGAAUGCUGAGCGGAUACUGCAGUGGGUCAAGAACUGGUUGAAAGAUCGUGAAGCGAAAGGAGACGGUGAUUGA